AUGAGGUCUCUGGUCUUCGUUCUGCUCAUUGGAGCUGCUUUUGCCACAGAGGACGACAAGAUCGUCGGAGGGUAUGAGUGCAAGCCCUACUCCCAGCCCCAUCAGGUGUCUCUGAACUCUGGGUACCACUUCUGCGGUGGCUCCCUGGUCAACGAGAACUGGGUUGUGUCUGCUGCUCACUGCUACAAGUCCCGUGUUGAGGUGCGUCUCGGAGAGCACAACAUCAGGGUCACCGAGGGAAAGGAGCAGUUCAUCUCUUCCUCCCGCGUCAUCCGUCACCCCAACUACACCUCCUACAACAUCAACAAUGACAUCAUGCUGAUCAAGCUGAGCAAGCCCGCCACCCUGAACCAGUAUGUGCAGCCUGUGGCUCUGCCCACCAGCUGUGCCCCCGCUGGCACCAUGUGCCUGGUCUCUGGAUGGGGCAACACCAUGAGCUCCACUGCUGACAGGAACAAGCUGCAGUGCCUGAACAUCCCCAUCCUGUCUUUUGAGGACUGUGAUAACUCCUACCCUGGAAUGAUCACCAACGCCAUGUUCUGCGCUGGAUACCUGGAGGGAGGCAAGGACUCCUGCCAGGGUGACUCUGGCGGCCCCGUCGUGUGCAACGGUGAGCUGCAGGGUGUUGUGUCCUGGGGCUACGGAUGUGCUGAGAAGGACCACCCCGGUGUCUACGCCAAGGUCUGCAUCUUCAACGACUGGCUGGAGCGCACCAUGGUGUCUUCUGAUCAUUCACCAGACACCAUGAGACUGCUGGCUCUGCUGCUGAUGGUCGGAGCUGCUGCGGCAGUUCCCCGUGAGGAUGGCAGGAUCAUUGGUGGGCAGGAGUGUGAGCCUCACUCUCGUCCCUACAUGGCCUCCCUCAACUACGGCUAUCACUUCUGUGGUGGGGUGCUCAUCAACAGGCAGUGGGUGCUGUCUGUCGCCCACUGCUGGUACAAUCCCUAUGCCAUGCAGAUCAUGCUGGGAGAACAUGAUCUGAGAGUGUUUGAGGGCACCGAGCAGCUCAUGAAGACCGAUAACAUCAUCUGGCACCCCAGUUAUGACUACCAGACUCUGGAUUUCGACAUCAUGCUGAUCAAGCUCUACCGCCCAGUGGAGGUGACCGACGCAGUUGCACCCAUCCCGUUGCCUACUGGGUGUCCUUAUGGGGGGCUCGUCUGCUCUGUGUCUGGAUGGGGUAACACCGCCAUUGAAGGAGAUGCGGUCAUGCCCACACGUCUGCAGUGUUUGGAUGUGCCCGUAAUAAACGACGAGGACUGUGAGAACGCCUAUCCUGGCAUGAUCACACGCAGGAUGUUGUGUGCUGGAUACAUGGAAGGAGGCCGUGAUGCUUGCAAUGGUGACUCCGGCAGCCCUAUGGUGUGCUUCGGUGAAGUCCAUGGGCUGGUAUCAUGGGGCCAGGGAUGCGCUCUUCCUAAUUAUCCAGGAGUCUACGUCAAAGUGUGUGAAUUCCUUCCCUGGAUCGAAGACACAAUCUCAGCCAACUCCUAAAGAAAUCACCUGUUUUUCAUCCAACGUUUCACCCCUUUUUCAUGGGUCCUGAGUUACAUCUCCUCCUUUACAGCUUGUCUCCUUCACAUUUUAGAAACAUCACACAGUCUUUGCGCCUCGCAC